AUGAAUUCGCUUGUGAGAUUUGUUCCCCGAUUUGGAAAUGCUUUCGCUCAGUCCGCUAGAUAUGCUAGCUCCGGUUCUAAGAUGAGGACUUUUCAGAUAUACCGUUAUAAUCCUGACAAGCCUGAACAGAAACCAUUUAUGCAAACUUUCACUAUUGAUACAAGCCAUUGUGGCCCCAUGAUUCUUGAUGCUCUCAUUAAGAUUAAGACUGAAUGUGACCCAACUCUUACUUUCCGUCGUUCAUGCCGUGAGGGUAUUUGCGGUUCUUGCUCAAUGAACAUUGGCGGCCGAAACCGUCUUGCUUGCCUCUGUGCAAUCCCUAAGGAAAACAAAGUCACCAAGAUCUACCCACUUCCUCACAUGUACGUUGUUAAGGAUCUUGUCCCUGAUAUGGCUAACUUUUAUGCUCAAUAUCGCUGGAUCGAGCCCUACCUGAAGAAGAAAGAAUUCUCCGACGAGCAAAUUGGUGAGAAAAUCUUCAUGCAAUCCGUCAAGGACCGUGAAAAGGUGGAUGGUCUCUAUGAAUGCAUCCUGUGUCUUUGCUGCUCUGCAUCUUGCCCAUCAUAUUGGUGGAACUCUGAUAAAUACCUCGGUCCUGCAGUCCUCCAACAAGCAUACCGUUGGAUGAUUGAUUCUCGUGACGAUUACACCUUCGAUCGAUUGGAGCAAAUGCAGAACAAGUGGUCCACCUAUCGUUGCCAUACUAUCAUGAACUGCACGGAAACCUGCCCCAAGGGUUUGAACCCUGGCAAGGCCAUUGGUGAAAUCAAAAAGAUGUUGAUCUACUACAACAGCUACAAGAAUAAGAAACCCAUGAACGAGCGUCUUGAGAAUUCUGUUCCUGUUUAA